AAGUCUUGUCUGCCUUGUCAAGGUCACAACGACAUGUCCAGCUUGAAAGUGGUAACGAUAAUUGUUACCACAUGCCUCCUGUCGUUGUUGAUAUAUAUAUAUCCAGUAUAUCCAGACAUCUCUGCCGUGGAAAAUAUUUCACGCCAACAAAUCUCUUCUGAGGAACGAACGAUUUCCCUUUCAAAGCCAAAAAGUCGAACCGAGUGCCUACCGCUGCCCAGUGCCAUGGCAGAGAAGUCGCCAGGGGAAAAUUGCUCUAUGCCGUUUGCGGUGAUAUUUGACGGCGGGCGACUCGGGAAUCAGAUUUGCCAGUACCUGUCCCUGAUGCUGCUGAGGAUACAAUAUGGGAUCAGGAUCGCAAUUCUACCCAAGAUGAAGAAAAUCCUGACGUCUUACUUCGAUGACGUGUGGGUGCCGCUGAACGGCAGUAAAUGCUUCGCCCAGCACACCCAACCCAUAUCAUUUCCGAAGAUGUACAAGAAGUUAGUCACCUUCAGCAAGGGCAAUCCGCAGACAUACCCUCUGUCAGAAUCCUACUUCAUUAACAACUACCCCUGCCCUGUAGAUCUGCUACUGCCUCGGAGGGAGAAGUUCAAGGAGGACUUGGUGUUCAAGCCUGAAAUCCUGGAGAAAGCCCGUAAGCAGAUCCACAGCUCCUUGGAAGCAGCAGGAAUCGCCGUGAGUGCAGAUCUCACUGUGGUUACCGUGCAUGUAAGGAGGACGGACUAUAUCAACCAUAUCAAGUUACGCUAUGGCUUGACGCCGUUGACCGAAGUUUAUUUCCAGCGAGCAUUCGACUAUUUCAGAGAGAGAUUCACAUAUCCCGUGUUCCUGGUUACGACUGAUGACUUCAAGUGGUGCAAGGAGCACAUAUUGGGUCCAGAUGUCUUGUACGCAGGUUCAGAAGAGCCUUCGGUAGACAUUGCUCUGCUCAGCCAAGGGAACCACACGAUCGUCAGUUUUGGGACUUUUGGCUUCGUUGGCGCACUCCUGGGAGGAGGCAUAAUCGUGCACCCGGAAAACAACCCAACCUAUAACUGUGAACUAUCUGGAGCCACGGUGUCGGUGCCUGUCAGUUAGGUAAUCAUUAUCCAACAUCUAUCCAACGUUAUGGUGCAAUCAAGAACGGUGCCGGAUUAUACAAGAGGCACAGAAAGCACAGUGCCAGAGGCCUACGAGAUAUUAGGGUCAGGGAAACAUGGACCGAAAACUAGUCUUUGCCUUUGAUAUUAUGACACUGAUACCUACUUACCUAAGUGUUUAUGUCUUCAAUUGCCAGAUACAUGUUUUUUUUUAUUAUUCUGAAACUUGUUCUGUACCAAAAUAUGAUAAAUCUAAUUCUCCCGAUACCACAGUGGCUAUCAGCUCGGGAAUGCAAGGGUUCUACGAAAGCUUAAUCCGGCCCAGACUAGUAGUUAUAAGCUAUAUUAAAACUGAAUGUGAUAUAAGAGUAUACAUAUUCUUUUACAUUUAUCAAACAGGAGAUGAGUGUGUGUGAGAACCUGUCUUUCACUACAUUGUAGUAAAAUGAAAAUAACUUAUAUUCGUAAUAUCUACAAACUGAGCAAAUGUGACACCGUAAAUCUUUAUGUUACUUCUCAAAGGUUCAAAUGUUCAAAAUUUACUUUAAUAAAAUUUUGGAUGUCAGAAUUUCAUGAAACCAACUGGUCAUAUAUAUUAUAUACAUUAAUUAUUUGCCCAGAUUAUUCGCUUUAGAGCAAAUGUACCUGAUACAAGAAUAAAAUAUUGAGCCUA